AUGGUGAAUAAUUUGAAAGCCCAAGAUCUUUUGUCCUACGUUGUUAUGGAAGGAAGUCAGAUACAGAACAGGUACUUGGACGAGACCCAAGGGGGAAGUGUCACAGCGAUGACCGUAUUCUUUCCCUUGGAUACAGCUCGACUCCGACUUCAAGUUGAUGAGAAAAGAAAGUCCAAAACUACACACAUGGUGCUCCUGGAGAUCAUUAAGGAAGAAGGCCUCUUGGCACCAUAUCGAGGGUGGUUUCCAGUUAUCUCCAGUCUGUGCUGCUCCAAUUUUGUUUAUUUCUACACUUUUAAUAGUCUCAAGGCAGUCUGGGUCAAAGGUCAACGUUCUACUACUGGAAAAGAUUUAGUAGUUGCAUUUGUUGCAGGUGUGGUGAAUGUUUUGCUAACAACCCCACUCUGGGUGGUAAACACCAGACUGAAGUUGCAAGGGGCAAAAUUUAGAAAUGAAGACAUUGUACCAACCAACUACCAAGGUAUUAUUGAUGCUUUUCACCAGAUCAUUCGAGAUGAAGGAAUCUUGGCUUUAUGGAAUGGCACAUUUCCUUCCUUGCUAUUGGUCUUCAAUCCUGUCAUCCAGUUCAUGUUCUAUGAAGGUUUAAAAUGGCAACUUCUAAAGAAAUGAAUGAAGCUUUCUUCUUUGGAUGUGUUCAUCAUUUGGGCACUAUCCAAAGCAAUUGCUACCACAGUCACCUAUCCCAUGCAGACGGUACAGUCCAUUCUGAGGUUUGGAGGUCACAGACUAAACCCAGAAAACAGAACACUGGGGAGUCUUUGGAAUGUUCUCUAUCUUCUUCACCAACGAGUAAAGCGUUUUGGAAUAAUGGGACUCUACAAAGGUCUUGAAGCCAAACUGCUGCAGACAGUCCUCACCGCUGCUCUCAUGUUCCUUGUUUAUGAGGCUGCUACCUUCACAGUUAUGGGGCUGAAGAGUGUGUGCAAGCACUGA